ACUCCUCCCCUGCUGACAGCGGUAUGCCCUGAUGAUGGGGCAGUGUCCUCAGCAUGCAUUUUCAUUUAUUUUACAAAUUAAAAAACUGAGGCACAGAGAAGAAAGAAGGAAUGAUUAGUAUAUGAAGUGGUGUUUGAGAUACUUAUCAUUUUUUCUCCUUAUCCAGAUCUGUUCCCAUUCCUGUGGUAGAUUGGUUAAAGGCCAUUGAUUCCUCCCUUCUCUAUUCAUACCCCUUUGUGAUGCGACUUUGCUCUUCUUCUCACUCAGAGCUCUUUGAAUCCGGGCUGGGCUUGUGACUCGAUUUGGCCAAUAGAAUGCAGUAUAUGGAGUGCUAUGCAGUUUCUGAGGCUAGGCCUCAAGAGAUUGUAUCUUCUGCCUUGGCUCUCUUGGAACACUGCCGCGAGACCACCAUGUAAACUGCUCUGGCCUACCAGUGGAUUAAAAGCCGCAUGCAGAAGAACCAUGGCGCUUCGCCCUCAGCCAGUACUAAAUGCCAGGCCUUGGAGUGACCUUCCAGUUGAAUGCUGCUCACGAGUGAUUCAAGAUGGCUUCAGUGACUGAUGGUAAAGCCGGAGUCAAAGAUGCUUCUGACCAGAAUUUUGACUACAUGUUCAAACUGCUCAUCAUCGGCAACAGCAGUGUUGGCAAAACAUCCUUCCUCUUCCGCUAUGCUGACGACACCUUCACCCCAGCCUUCGUCAGCACCGUGGGUAUUGACUUUAAGGUGAAGACAGUCUACUGCCACGAGAAGCGAGUGAAGCUGCAGAUUUGGGACACGGCUGGACAGGAGCGAUACCGGACCAUCACCACAGCCUAUUACCGUGGAGCCAUGGGCUUCAUCCUGAUGUAUGACGUCACCAAUGAGGAAUCCUUCAAUGCUGUCCAAGACUGGGCUACUCAGAUCAAGACCUACUCCUGGGACAAUGCACAGGUCAUCCUGGUGGGGAACAAGUGUGACAUGGAGGAAGAGAGGGUUGUUCCCACCGAGAAGGGCCGGCUCCUCGCAGAGCAGCUGGGGUUUGACUUCUUUGAAGCCAGCGCCAAGGAGAACAUCAGCGUGAGGCAGGCCUUCGAGUGUCUGGUGGAUGCCAUUUGCGACAAGAUGUCUGAUACGCUGGACACAGACCCCUCCUUGCUGGGCACCUCCAAGAACACCCGUCUCUCGGACACCCCGCCACUGCUGCAGCAGAGCUGCUCAUGCUAGGCAAGGCCCACUGUCCUGAUCUCCCUUCAUUGUGGCACCGCACCCACUUUGCUUCUCCGUUAUACUCUGUCUUCCCUCAGCUGAUUUGCUGCUGUUCCUUGCCUGCAGUGAAAGUGGAAGCAUGCCCCUGGGGUUCUCUAUGGAUGGCCCCACUCACAGACACUCAGCACUAGACUAACUAGGUCAUAAUGUGGGCAGAGGUUCAUUUUACAAAAGGAGAAUCCACUUUAUGAAGGGGAUUCACUACAGGGACUUGAAAAGCGAAUCUCUUUCCUGCCUUUAAAAUAAGAUUUCCUCCCUUGACCAAAAUUUGACACACCCACGCACACUUUUCAGGGCCUGGCCAACUGUGUAAAGUGAGACACACCUGCAUAGCUAAUCCUUUUGAAAAAUACCUCUCCAUACACAACCUGCUUGUUUCAUAUCAGGCUCCCUGUGGGGCUUCCUCUCACCACUAGACAAGCCUUGUUUCUCAAAGCCCUCGCCUGUUACCACGGAUGCCCACAGGGCCUGGGCAGUUGCUGUGGUGACAGGCCAGAGCUAAUCUCCAGAAAGCUCAGCCUCUCUAAAUGAUGCUGAAGGAGCAAAGGCUGAGUCAGAAACACAUUUAAAAGAAAAAGAUUAUCCCCUGCAAAAUGUCAAAGGUUCCUGCUAUAUGAAAGAGCAAGUGCAUGAGCUCAAGAAAGACAAAGAGAGAAAAAGAGAAACACAGGCAAGAUAAACAGGUCACGAAUUUCUGAUUUUGCUGCUUUCCAGUAGGUUCUUAACUGUGGAACUCCAUGACAUUGGUCAUUGGUUCUUAGACUCCCAGAAUCUGAAAAAUUUAUAGUUGGUGGAAUCCCAAAUUUUACCAGGUCUCACUAGUCAAUUCCAAUCUUCAUGUCUCUGACAAUUGGCUGUCAAGCCUCACAGCCAAAUCUCUUCUAAACAUACCUUCUAGGCAGGGAUGGGAGCUCAGUUUCCACACCAUCUUUGGCCAUCUCUCAUAAUCAGAAAGUUUUCCUUGCUUUAAGCUGAAAUCUGCCUCCUGGAAAUUCUUCUUCCUCUUCCCACUCCAUUUGUACCAGCUCUGCUGUCAGAGACUUCACAGUCUCUGCUCCCUCUGCCCCGUGACACCCUUAGAUGAUUUGAGAACAGAAAUCAUGACCCCUGGAAUCUGCCCUUUCUCUAAAUCAAAUAGUUCUAAUCCCAUCUGCCCUUCUUCUUAGGGUCUUCUCCCCAUCCUGCCCUUUCCUCCAGCCCAUGUUUCAAUCACUCUUGAGUAGUCCAACUGGGAAAUGUGAUUCAAAGCAGAAUAAAUCUAAGGGGGUAUGACCCUGAAAAAAUUGGGAAAAGUGAACUCAGAGGUCCCAAUCCUAACCUCAUUCUCCUGAGGGUGAAAGCUUAGUUUCUACCGAAGAGCAGAUGUGAAACUCCUUCUGGUGGAAGCCACUUAAUUAAACACCCAAAGAAAACAAAAAACACGCCUCUGACACCAGCAACAAACUGACUGCAUCAGUUCAUGGUUCUAGCUUGUUUGGACACAGGCACAUGUUUGGUUUUUAACUGAAAUAAUGAUGUGGAGCUAGCAACGAUUCCUGAAAAUCUUUCCUCCCAGCCUUGGCCUGAAUCCCCAGCUUGACACUUCAGAAGUCAGUGGGGGAGGAGGGAGAGUCUCUCCCAAGUUUUCUCUCCAUUUUAAAUGCAGCUUAUUUUCCUAGGCAAGUGCAUUAACUAGCAACAGGUCCAAUGACUACAUAAAAGGACCCUUCAGGGUCAGCUCUGUGGAGAUGUUGCCUUCUUUGACACAGUGCAGAGGAUGGCGCUUUGGACUUGGAAUCAGGAGACUCAGACUCUGCCCUUAAAUCAAGUGUGACUCUGGACCAGUUAUUCCCCAUCACUGAGUCUUGAUUUCCCACUUAUAAAAUGAGGGAGGUGGGCUUCCCUGGUGGUGCAGUGGUUGAGAGUCUGCCUACCAAUGCAGGGGAUGCGGGUUCGUGCCCCGGUCCGAGAGGAUCCCACAUCCCGCGGAGCGGCUGGGCCCAUGAGCCAUGGCCGCUGAGCCUGCGCGUCCGGAGCCUGUGCUCCGCAACGGGAGAGGCCACAACAGUGAGAGGCCCGCGUACCGAAAAAAAAAAAAAAAAAAAAAAUGAGGGAGGUUACGUGGGUAAUCUUUCGGGUCCCUUCUGGCAUGAAUAACUCUUGAGACUCUUUUUUUUCACCUUCAACAUUUCUGUUGAUCUGCAAAAUAAACCCAAGAGAUGAGGACUAUCA